AUGAAGGCCUUAUUCGAAUCUCAAGAUCUUUGGGAGAUCAUCACCGACGAGUACGAAGAGCCUACAACGGAGCAAGAAGCUGCAUACACUGUCGAACAAAAAGUCAAUCUCAAGGUUCAAAGAAAGAAAGAUAAGAAGGCUCUUUUCCUCAUCUAUCAAGGGUUGAAUGAUUCCACCUUUAAACAGAUCACCGAAGUGACAUCAUUUGGGGAAAUGGAGUCACAACCUAAUGCAGGUGUAGAGAAUCAUAAUGGACGCCAGACAAAUCAUAAUGAACACCAGACAAAUCAUAAUGAACACCAGACAAAUCAUAAUGAAGAAACAAUCUCACAUCCAUAUGAUUUCAUUCCAGAAGCACCUAAGGAAGUGAAACCAAUAGUUGGUAUGGUGUUCAUUUCUGAAAAUGUUGCUUAUGAUUUCUACAAUGAAUAUGCUAGAUGGUGUGGAUUUAGUAUACGAAAAGGUUCAACGCGGAAUAGUAUGAAAACAGGUAAAACAAUUAUGCAAAGUUUUAUAUGUUCUAAGGAAGGGUAUCGACAUCGCAAGCAUAUAGAAGCAACAGAUCAUAAAAAGAGACCAAGAGCCAUGACAAGAUGUGAUUGCAAGGCAAAGAUUGUAGUUCACAAGAAUGGAUCAGAUAGAUGGGAAGUUAAGACAUUUGUGGAAGCACAUAGUCACAAUUUAAUGAGUCCAAGUAAGGUUCAUUAUUUACGAUCACAUCGACAUUUUACAGAUUCUCAUAAGGUUGUCAUGGAUAACAUGAGAAAAGCAGGUAUUGGCGUAGCUAAAGUGUUAAAUUUUUUUACAAAUGAAGCUGGAGGACCUGAGAAAAUGGGUUUUAUUGAUGAAGAUGCAAGAAAUGCUCUAAAAAUUUAA